CCUCGCCCUAGGUGCUGCAGGACAUGGGUUUACCCACGGGAGUGGAAGGCAAAGAGUCCGGGAAAGGGGACGAAUCGGCCGAGGAAACGGAACAGAAACCCGUGGUCGUGGCCGCUCCUCCUCCCGUAGUGGAAACCGUUUCUACCCCCAGCGCUGCUUCGCCUCCCUCGGACCCGACCUCGGAGAACGUGAAACAGCAGGGACCAAUUCUGACCAAGCACGGCAAGAACCCCGUGAUGGAGCUGAACGAGAAGCGGCGCGGGCUGAAGUACGAGCUGAUCUCCGAGACGGGGGGCAGCCACGACAAGCGCUUCGUGAUGGAGGUGGAGGUCGACGGGCAGAAAUUCCAAGGAGCCGGCUCAAAUAAAAAGGUAGCCAAAGCCUACGCCGCCCUGGCCGCCCUGGAGAAGUUGUUCCCCGACGCUCCCGUGGCCGUCGAGCAGAACAAGAAGAAAAGAGCCCCUCUGCCUGCCAGGGGAGGACCCAAGUUUGCGGUGAAACAGCACAACCCCGGUUUCGGGAUGGGCGGCCCCAUGCACAACGACGUGCCCCCGCCGCCCAACAUGCGCGGGCGAGGAAGAGGAGGCAACAUCCGAGGCCGAGGCCGGGGCCGGGGGGGCUUCGGCGGCAACCACGGCGGCUACAUGAACGCAGGUGCCGGCUACGGGAGCUACGGUUACGGAGGGAAUUCCGCCACGGCAGGCUACAGCCAAUUCUACAGCAACGGCGGCCACUCCAACUCGGGGAGCGGCGGCGGCGGCGGCUCCUCGGGCUACGGCUCCUACUACCAGGGCGGCGACAACUACAACGCGCCCGCGCCCCCCAAGCACGGCGGCAAGAAGCAGCAGCACGGGGGGCAGCAGAAAGCGUCCUACGGCUCGGGCUACCAGUCCCACCAGGGCCAGCAGCAGCAGUCGUACAACCAAAACCAGUACAGUAACUACGGCCCGCCGCAAGGCAAGCAGAAGGGGUACAACCACGGCCAGGGCAACUACUCGUCCUACUCCAACUCCUACAACUCGCCGGGCGGCGGGGGCUCCGACUACAACUACGAGAGCAAAUUCAGUUACGGCAGCAGCGGCCGCGGCGGCGGGGGCAACAACUACUCCGGCGGCGCCUCCUACAACGCCGGCUCGCACGGUGGCUACGGGGGAGGAUCCGGGGGCGGGGGGUCCUCGUACCAAGGUAAGCAAGGUCAGUACCGAGCGCUUCCCCCCCACACACACACCCCCUUUUCCUCACCCCGCGUGCUUCG